AUGCAAACGAACGGUGCAAAUCCCAACCAACUUGCUUUUCCACCCAUCAGUGAUCGGGAAGUUGCCAGUAUCAGCUUCAUUUUGUCCGGUGGUGUUCUAUUUAAUCUCUACUCAUGUUUGGCACUAAGUCGAACUCAUAUCCCAUCCACUCUAUCCAAACUGUUGCUUUACAAUCAAUGCGUUCUCGACGCGGCACUGUCUUUGAUCGUGGUCAGCAUGAUUGCCUCGGGCAAUUACACCCUCCUUUUUCCCCAGGACCGUGCCAAUCCCGUAGUAUGUGCACUGUUACAGAGUGGAUUUAUCAGUCGUCUGAUCCGUAUAAUGAUAUUGUGCAAUAUUGUUUGUCAAUCUGUAGAUCGAUUUUGGGCAAUUGUCUAUCCAAAUACAUAUUUCAUGCAUACAAAGCGAUAUGUCAUGGUGUGCUACACGAUGAUACCAACAUAUGCCUUGGCAGCAUCGAUAUUUCGUUUGUUCAAGGUGAAUUUUGUCGACGGACAGUGUGAAAGACAAGAAUUGGAUCUCAGUCCACAAGCAAUACGCGCGAUAGAGAUUGUUCUCCGUUACACGAUACCAAUGAUCGUUUCAUGUAGUCUGAAUCUGACUGUGGUGUGGAAACUGCAUCAUCUGGGUAUCUUCAAAUCGUGGAUGGUUUCUAACACCCAAGCAGCUGGCAAUACGUCGGGACAAACAGAUUCGACCGAUCCGUUGGUAUCCUUGAGGAACCGAAUUUUUCUCAGCACGUUCGGAUUGAAUGUUGAACUGACCAUGCAAGAAAUUGUUUCCAUCACACUGACCGUUCUGCACUACCAGGGUGUUUUAAAUUUUGGACUUCAAUCGAAAAUUCGUAUCUAUUUUUUGUUUGGAAUAGCUCUGUGCUCUGGUUUGAAUCCCGUUCUGCCGAUUAUAACUGUGGAACCGCUUCGAAAUACGAUGCUUCGCGACCUACGGUGCUUCAAACCACGUGGUUGA